AUGGUCGCCUUCUCUACGUCAACCCGCAGCACCAUGAUGCUUUUCACUGCCGCCUUGGCGUCGCUGUUCGUCGCGACGCCCGCCACGGCCCAGAUCAAUCCUCAAGAGAAUGGUCCCCACUUUGCUGACUCUUUCUGUGGCCCCGACUUUUGUGUCACGGGCAUCUACACGCCGUCUCAACAGAGCAUUAACUACACGAUGAUCACAGCCGGCACCAGCUUCAUGGGCUGGCGAGCCAUCGGCGUGGGCAACCAGAUGUCGGGCGCCAAUAUGCUCAUUUCAUGGCUUUCUGGUGGCCAGCCCGUCCUCUCGCACCGAUCUGCGUCCGGCGAGGUGAUGCCGACGACGACGCAGGCUCAGGGGGUCUUUAUGCAGAACGAAGUCAGCCGUGUCGCCACAGACGCCGGCAUGACCGUGUCGUCGUGGAUGUUCGGCGGCAUUGCAGAGAACCCAGGCUCUAGCUACGGCCACAUCUGGGCCAUCAACAAGAACACGGCUCCCUCCAGCUCGGAUGUGUCGGCUAGGAUCAGCAAGCACAACGACUACGGCUUCUCGUCGCUAGACCUCACCAAGCCUUACAAUGGCGAGGCACCUACGACUCCCCCGGGAGUCACCGCGCUCCUAGGCUACGGUGGCGCUGCGGCUUCGACAUCUUCCUCCUCGGGCGCUACCGGUCAAUCAGGUGGCCAGAUGCGCGAGCUCAAUAUGAAGAACAACCUCAUCAUUGCGCACAUGGUCUUCAUGAUUCUCACCUGGCUCAUCCUCGUCCCUGCGGCUAUCCUCGUCGCUCGAUGGGGUCGCACGCUCUUCACCUGGUUCCCCGUGCAUCGGGGCAUCCAGCUUGCGUCAUUGGUCGCCAUCUUCAUUGGCUUCUUCCUCGGUGUGGGAGCAGUAGCCAACAUCGGCAUCCCUCACUUUGCCUCGACGCACACGAAGCUCGGGCUCGCCAUCUUCCUCAUCACCCUCUUCCAGGUCGCGCUCGGCCAGGUGGGCCACGUAGUGCGACGCAAGAAGGGGAUUCGAGUGCAGAACUACGUCCAUGCGGCGCUUGGCUGCCUCCUCUUUGGCCUAGCCAUCUGGAACAUCCACGAGGGAUUGGCCCUUUGGAAGUGGGGCGUACCCGACUACGCUAGCUACAUCGUGUACGCGUGGGCGGCGGUCCUCUUUGUGGCCUACGUUGCUGGGUUUGUCAUGCUGCCCAAGGAGAUGAGGCAGGCCAAGGAGGGCUCGUCGAAGGAGGAGCAGUCGGUUCUCACCAAGCAGAACUCGCCCCGGUUGGUUCCUCGGCCUCUCGGUCUCGAGUCUCGAUUCUGGAAGCGUCGUAGCGGCUGCUGCUCGAUCCGUCAACCCUCGCUCGAGGCCAAGCAAGACAAAGCAGGCAGCAGCUUCGCCACCUUCACAGAACGCACCACCUUCACUACCCUCAUCGCGCAGCAUCGCAGCCCGCCUCGUCGCCACAACCUACCAACCUACAUCGACAAUAUGGCCAAGAAGCGCUGCCAACACAAUUCUGGUCCUGACGUUCCCGAGGGACAGCAGCGUUGUGGCAAUGCUGCCUUGACCAUCGCCGGCGUCUGCCCACACUGCGUCAAGGCUCACUGCGCCCAGCAUCGUCUGCCGGAGCAGCACGCCUGCUCGCAGACCAACGCCAUUCGCAACACGGCCUUCGCUGCCAACAAGGCUAAGCUUGAGAGGGAGCAGACCCAGUCAGAUCGCGGCCUCGCCCACUAG